UCUGGAGCGAUUCCUUCUAUUGCUGACUCCACAAAAUCUACCGUUAUUCGAGUCUUCCUUUAUCCUUUGACUCCUUUGAGCAGAGAUGGCUUCGCCAACGACAUCAACAGCAUGGCUGACUCUCAUGACGACAACAUGGUUCACACCUGCCUCUACAAUUGUCCCUGCCGUCAAUUUCACGUGCCCCGAAUUCCUCUUCGGCGACAAGCAGCAUGAUGUGAACAUCGGCGGAGGCUCAAAAAAGUUCCAUAUUGACGCUCCAACACAUGCAGUUGUCGAUUUCGUGUCCGCCACCCUUAGCACUCAGACUAACACCAGUUUCGAAUGUAGCUAUCGGAUCGCUGCUGAAACUGGAGCUGUCUCCUUGGGAAGCAUCUCACGGACCUCGACGGCGUCUACUACGCACGCUACUAGUACAGCUGCUCACUCUACCGCCACUCACUCAGUCACCCACACGAAGACGAAUGGAGGCGCCAUUGCGGGCGCAGCUAUCGGUGCGGCGCUUCUGGGUCUUUUGGUCGGAGUUCUUAUCGGUUACUUCUGCCUAGGUGUCAAGCGUCGAAAGCGUCGGGGCACUAUUGAUUCUCACAAUGAAGGCACAGCAAUGGCCACCUUCCUCCCUCCAGCUCCGCCGCCAAAGGAGAGACUGUCUUCCAGAAGCAGUGUCCGAAACGAAGCGUUACUUGCGUCUGCUGGCGCAGGUGGUCUCAACAACGUCCUGUCUAGCAUCGGCAUCCUCGAAGGCGCGAGCGAUGAGGAGAUCAAAUCAGAACUGUCUGCCCUCGGCUAUCUCCUCCAGGAACACGUCCAGAACAACUACCAUCUGGACCAACUAGAUGGGAGCAGAAACGAGGUCUUCAGAGUCAACCAGGCGUUGGCAGAUCCAGCCUUUGGCUUGGACGACCGCACCCACGCCUUGAUCCUGAAGCUCUCCAAGGAUCCGCAAAUCCGGUUCGCAGCCAUCCGCCACUUCCUCGCGCUUACCAUCUUCUCCGCUUUGGACUUGCACCAUGUUCGGUCUCACCCGGGUAGUAUCUCGCUCUUGCCGCGACAGGUUACUUCCUUCCUUGAGUCGAUUCCCUCGGCGGGCAUGACGAAGAACUCCAUAGCUCCCCAGACAGCAACAGCCCUAAACCUCUGGCGCCGUCUCUCCGCUUACCUCCUCCUCGACAAACCCACCACCCACCCCCUCUCCCCCUCAUCCCCCACCACCACUGCCAAUAACCACAACACCAACAACACAUCCUCACCCCUCCCCGAAGAUCGCCGCUGCUCCUCAACCACCAUCACUCCCCCCAACCAAACUCCAAUCCCAACCCUAAUCUUAACCCCUCCCUCCACCAUCACCGCCCAAGUAACCAGCCUCCGCGCCUCCCUGAACAAGUUCCUAGGCAUCUUCGUUCACUCGGACCGCCGGGCCAUCUUUGAUCAGGAAAGAAACCUGGAGGGCGUGAUUCAGGAGUGUGUAAGUUUCGGGUACGUGUUGUUUGCGCAUGGAUGUGAGUGGCGGUUUGUGUUUGAUGCGGCUGGGGAUGGGAAGGGAUCGGAGGGGGGUGGAGAUGGGUAUAGAGCUGGGGACAUGGAGGAAGGGGAGGGUGGGAAGGAGGCCGCAAAGAAGGGAACGAGGCUUUUGGUGUUGCCGGGCUUGGAGAAGCUGGGGGAUGGGAAGGGGGAGAUGUAUGAGGUGCCCAAGGUUGUGGUCGAGGGGGAGAGUGUGGUUGUCUAGAGGUAGGGAGGGUCGAUAGGUAGGAGGUAUAGAAGGAUUCGUUUGGCUGAUUACGUGCUCUCCUAUGUGGGCGAGAAGGUCAUGGCAUAAUGGCAACAUGCACUUGCUUGGAGUUUGGGAUAACAGGAUGGACAUGCCUAUCAAGGGAAAUGGAGUUAUUAACGUAUUUUUCCGUUCAGUUCUUGCAACAAUUGAACCUCAGGACCCCCCGCAGUUACCUCCUACUUAUUCUCUAGACCACCUAAAGGGUGUACACCUUAUCAUAGUCAUAGCAAAGGAUACCCG